AUUCAUUUAAUGUUCUAUAGAAAAUGCAUGGCAUUUCGAUGCAUUGGUUCAUUCUUGUUUUCAAUAAUAUGGUACUUUGUCAGACUAAAGAAUGUAUAACUGGAAAAGUUGAAAACAACCAACGUCCAUGUUGUACUAACUAUUUUUGGGAAAAUGAAGAAUGUAAAGAGUGUCUGCCAGGAUAUUUUGGAACGAACUGUUCUAUACGGUGUAUGUACCCUAACUAUGGUAAAAGAUGUCAAUAUAAGUGUGACUGUAACGUCACAGAUUGUAACCAUGUACACGGAUGUCAAGGAAAUUAUUCACAGAAUGGGACCUCUACAGCUGUAGGUUUACCAGAUGUUACGCCAUUGUUUUCAGUGAUCACGAUGUCGACGAUAUCAUCAACGAGAGACAAAACAAAUAAACUUAACACAGAUGAAAAGAAACCCGGUAAUGAUAAUUUAACAUUAGCGAUUAUACUAGUGGGCUGUGUUCUUCUGUGUUUUUUCGUAUUGACUGGAGUACCAUGGAUCUUUAAGUCCAUUCGUAGAAACUGUACAGAACUUCUGAAUGCAGAAGACAAUGAUACAUAUAGACUAGAAACUGUUUAUGUGGAAAUUAAUGAACAACAGGAGUCUCAGGACAACACAAUAGGAGCAACCGUCUUAACAAGAUCAUGUACGUCACUGGAUAGAGAGGAAACUAGACCGGAACUUCCGGCAAGAAAUAAUCAACAUCAAAAGACAAACACAACACACACCAGUAAAGACGAUGAAACAGAUAACGUUCAAAACUAAAGUGGUUUUUUUAAAUACUUAUAUUUGUGUCUUUCAUUGGUUAAUCAUCUGCAAACUAAAGUUUAUGUGAUUAUAGAAUAAAAAUGUGAUCUCAAGCUACAAGACUUUUUGAUGACUGAUUUUUAGCAACAGUACUGAGUAGACACUAGGGUGCCCUUUUUGUCCCAUCCUUCUCAUGGAUGUUUAAUUUAGUCUAAUAAAAAUUUCUCAUCUCACUUAUCAAAUUGAUUAUGAUCAGCUUAAUAUUGCUAAUGAAAAUUUAAAACUACAAACAAUGGUUGAUAAACACAGUUAUAAAACAAGGAUACAUGGGUGAGUAGAUCAAUUGACUUUUUUCCAUGAAAAUUAAUUGUUUUAAGUAAUUCAAAUUAAACACUGUAAUUUUGAUCUCAGAAUAUAUUUUACAUUUAAUGAAUUAUAUUUCUGGAAUAAAUACUAUAACCCAGUUUUUCCAAUGAACACUAAUGAACAUAUUUGAGAUUAGAUCAAAGCUGUUGAGUGAUGCAAGUUCAAAUAAAAUUACAUCGAUUUCCUGUUUAUUAAAAUCAUUUUACAAUAAAACUGGCGACUUAAAUGGAGUUUUUGCGCCUUUAAUUCUAUUCCGCUCUCAUUGUUUCAAGCUAAAAAGGAUUAUCUUUAAAAGCAUUGUAAUAUGGGUUUUUUAAUAUGAUGAUAUGUCAAACGAAUAACUAAACCAUUAAAAAUUUACAAAUGUGACGUUUUGUACACCACGAAGCCUAUUUUUAUUAACUU